CUUUUUCGAUGUUGCACAACACUGACGAAAGGUCCCCCUUUUAAAGCAGCCGUGGAAACAAACGUUUUUUAAUACGCAUUAAGCUCGAGGCGGUGCGUAGAAGCGCAAUUCGUGUUUAAUUUAGUUUAGAGUCAGCCGCUUCACGGAGCAUUAAACAAAAGUUGCAAUAUUCAGCGCCAGCUGUUAGGUUUAACCAAAAGUAAAGAAUUAGUAGCGAAUCGAGUGCAGCGUCGGAGAAACAGCGCCAAACAAAAGUAAAACGCAUUUUCCUACGCAUACAUUAACACCCAAGCGAAUACACACACACGUAUUAACAAGGAAGGGCCGAAUUAAAACCUCUGACUAAAAAUUCAUAAAAAACAAAGUUUUGAUUUAAUCCGAGUAAAAGGAAAAAAAACAAGUUAUCUUUAGUGUUGACGUGUUGAGCACACAACACGCUUACCCACACACAAAAACAAAAUGUCUACGACACCAAAAUCUACAGAAGAUUUGCUUGGUGAAUCUUGGAUCGAGUUGAGCACAACAGCUGCCAUGGCUGGGAUCAAGAGCCCCGACAGAAUCACCCCGUUGCCAUUCAACAACGGUGAGGAAUAUCUGCGCCUUUUGCGCGAGGCUCAGCGCGAAUCGAACCAGUCCAGCCGGGUGGUCUCCCUGGCCAGCUCCCGUCGCGACACGCCCCGCGACAGCCCCAAGAGCCCACCGAACAGCCCACAGUCGGAGCUCUGCCCGGACGAUGAGCUGAGAAACGUCUAUAUCAACUACUGGACCAAGACUGGAGAUAAACAGAACACAGACAACGGAGACUGGCUGAAGAACUGGAAUCGCAAUGCCGCCACCGAAGAGCAGCCACCCAAGAGCUGGAACUUUGAGGCUGUGAGCGCAGAUGCUGGCGAUGAGGAGGAGAAAAAGAAGACUACCACUGGCUACUCCAUUCGCUUGAAGCGUUUGGGCGCCAACUCCUUGUUCUCCCGCGAAAUUCUCUACUCGCUGCUGGUGACCAAUGUCCUCUCCUUGCUGUUGGGUGCCGGUUUCGGAUUGUGGCUGAGCAAGCGUGGCAUACUCCUUACCCGUGUGGUCAUUGACUGAAAGAUGCCAUAAACAGAAAAGAAAAAAAUCUAUCAAUAUGCACAUCAAUCGAAAACAGAACAUUGAAAGCGCGUUCCAUAUAAGAAGUCGGACUAUACAUAUGAAUAUAUAACAUAUAUAUAUAUAUAUAGAGAGAGCCAACCGUAUUCCAGUUCACUUGUAUUUCUCAACGAAAUUCCACAAAUUCGUCACGUUCUCAUUAAAUACAUUACUUAUAACAAUUUAAAUUGUAAGCUAACGAGCUAAAAUCAGGCCAUUGGGCGAGGGUUGAUCACUUUUCUUUCUUAAAUACAUAUUAUAUAUAGUUUUAUGAUUAACACGGCAAUUUAAAUGAUACAGAGAUGCAUUUGUAGAGGCAACUCUCUAUACAUUUUAUACAUGUUUUGCUGUAGCACCCACUUUGUCUAUGCAAUCUAGCCGUAGAUCCAACUCCAUAUGAAGAAUUUCCAUCAUCAUCACAUCCACUUAUCAUAUAAAGAUCAUGUUGUAGGCACAUUGUAGUUGAAUCAUAUUGUAUAUCCAGAACAUACUUUCUGUUGUGCAUUCGUAAAAUGUUUUGAUUUUCUAGCAUAUAGAUGAAAAAAGAAAAAAAAAAUACCGAAAUGGGAAAAAAAAUAUAUAUAAAAAAAGUAUAUAUAUCUAGAAAUAUGAAUAUGUGAGGGAGGGGUUAGCCCCCACUAAAAAAAAAGAAGAAACCAACACACAAUAGUUGUAAUAAUUUUUAUAUUAAAAUAUUUUUCAAUAUCUAUUUAAAAAAGGA